AUGACGAAUCUAACACUUUAUACAACAACAGCAGUGCUAUUGCUAGAUGUUGAUGGAAAUCGCCUUCUCGCCAAAUAUUAUCAACCUCCUCAUGCACCUGCACCACCCCCAGCCGGAUCAACAAAUGCUACAUCAACAGCCGCACUUCCCGUUCAUAAUGCACACGGGAAUCAACCGCCUCAAUUAAGUGCUCAUAAUCCAUUCGGAACAUUCAAAGAACAACGUACAUUUGAAAAAGCAAUUUGGGAAAAAACACGUAGAGCAUCGGGUGAUAUCAUCUUGUUUGACGGACAUUUGGUAUUGUUCAAAACUUCUCUUGAUGCAAUCCUUUUUGUUAUCGGUCCAGCCGCAGAGAAUGAGUUGAUGCUUUCAGGUUUGUUGUCAUCGCUAAACGAUAGCAUCACCAUGCUUUUGCACGGAGGUCAAUUGGAUAAAAGAGCAGUUUUGGAGAAUUUGGAUUUGGUCAGCUUGGCCGUCGAUGAGACCGUAGAUGAUGGAAUCAUUCUUGAGACCGAUUCGACUACUGUUUCAUCACGGGUUUCCAGACCACGACCUGAUGCUACAGAUAUACAGAUCAACGAGCAGACAAUCAUGAAUGCAUACUCGAAUCUCAAGGAGCGAGUCACACAGAGGAUCUUGCAAGGAGGGCUUUAA